AUGGAAAACGAAAACAUAGCUCUUAUUGAUCCCGGCAGCCCACUCUUCUUGUCCGGCGACGGCUUUGAACCGGCCGGCGUUCUUUUCCCUCACGCCGUCUUUCACUUUCCUUCAAAGGAGAAGAAAGAGGCUUGCGACUUUAUUGACAAGGUCGCCGACAAACACCGUCGCUUGUGUGAAGAGAGACAGCGGCUAGGCCUCAAAAGGCAAACACUCGAGGCUCGCAUUGCUCGGGUGGAUAGGAAGAUACGGGCUUUGGAAAGUGACCCCUUUCAAUGGGAAUGGCGGAACUUUGAUUCUGUCGCUAAGAUCCCGAAGAUGCUCCGGAUGUAUCUCCGUGCUAAAGGAGUUCCGGGUCCCGUGAAUGUUCCGGUCCAUACCGUUCCAUCCGAUAGCGAGGAAGAAGACGAGGAGGAGACCAGCACCAGUCGGAAACGCGUUCGGGAUCAUCCCGAAGUGGAUGCCAAGAACAAGGCGUCCACUUCGAAAACUAAACCGGCGAUGAAGGAGCCUGUUCCUGAGCCUCUUCCAUAA